GCGAGAGCUCGAUUUUCGCAUCACAGAUAACCGGGCAUUUCCAAGCGGAUAGCAUCUGCCCACACAACUCUCAGCCCAGGACUUCGGAUAUACAGCCGAGUCUGUCCGGCUGUCUAAAGGGAGGAAGGAGGAGGCGGCGGAUACCCCGACCACUGGGAGCGCAAUCGACAGACAAUCCGCGGGGACAAGAGGAGGGGAGAAACGAGAAAGCCGCCAGAAUGUCACAAACCAUUGGGCUGACGCGGCUGGCCUACUCGCGCGUGUGGCACCACGUGUCGGCGUCGGCGCCGCACGCGGCCCUUUCGACUGCCAAGAGCGCCGCCGCGCCCGAGGCGGCCACUCCGCCGUCGCUCGGGCGGCUGGCGUCGCGCAUCGCCACCAUCCUGAUGGGCAAGCACAAGCCCAUCUGGGACCCGUCGACCGACUGCGGCGACUACGUGGUCGUGACCAACUGCGCGGCCCUCUACACGACGGGCAUGAAGAAGUACCGCAAGACCUACUACAGGCACAACACGCGCCCGGGCUCCCUGCGCGCCCUCACCAUGGACGUGCUGAUGGACAAGCUCGGCGGCGCCGAGGUCCUGCGAAAGGCCGUCAGCGGCAUGCUGCCCAAGAACCGCCUGCGCCAGAAGAGGCUGGCGAGGCUAAAGGCCUUUGAGGGCGACGCGCACCCGUACCGCGAGAAUUUGAUACGGUUCGGGGAUAAGCCGGUGGGGUCCCCGGGGUGGGAGAGCAUAGUCCAGGCCGUGAGGGAGGCGGACAAGUCGAGGAUAUGAAGGCGGGGGUUUGGAGAAUGGAGUCAUGCGGACCAGCAAGAAACGGUGCCAUGGCGGCGCAAGUCGACGUCAGCUACGGCGACAAAGUGCGUGCCCUUGAAAGGGUCGAGUCUAGUCUUCAUCGCUUUGUUGUGCCCCGUUUUCAAGACCAAAGCUCUGUGCAAGGCGGAGCUCGUGUAACAUAGAGGAUAUGGUGCCAUCACAAUGUGUAAAAAUUUACUUGUGAACAGCGUUAACUGAGUCUUCCAGCGUUGUCAAGUCCC